AUGUCAUCUGUGCGCUUCAUGGCCGACGGCAAAGACGAGCGCGACGAGCACGCCUUGCGCGAAGUCCAAGACUUCGAGGGCGACGGCAGCAUCAUCAACGAGUGGUACACCAACACGGAGUACAUGCAGCGUCGUCACGGCUUCCUCGGCAAGUAUCCAGACUACAAGGAUGCGCCAAAGCUCGCUCAGAGCACGAGGUGGGAUGCCGACAUGGUGUUCAGCCUCGAGUCGACCGCCAAGCUCUCUGUUCAGGAGAUCCGUCGCCGAGAGCUCGAGUACGAAAUACUACCAUUGCUUCCUUACCCGACCACCGCCAACACGGAGACCAUCGACAACUUCUCUGCAUACCCUACCGAAGAGUGGCACCCAGGAGUUGAGAUUCCGGUCAUUCCCGUCACCUCGCCAUUCGCGACUUUGGCUGCGCCUGUCCUGACGGAGACGGAAUCCCCACCACCGACUCAGACAAGCAUCGAUCAACUUCAACCUCUGUCACCAAACAACUAUUUUGCCCACCCAGCCUCUGCGACAAUGGCACGCCUUGCAGCUGCACGCCUUGUCUCAAACGCGCCCAGACAGAUGUCUCAAAGCCAGACGUUCCGUGAUCAAGGCCAGCAACUUCGCCCUGUUUACCCACAGCAAACGGGCUAUGCGAACUACCAGCUGCACUCCAACUUCAAUCCCAUGAACCUCGCAACGACGAACCACUUACUGACACCACUUGCGACGAGCGCCAUGGCUUCUGUCGGCACUGCAAGACCUGCCUACCCUCCAAUGGGCGCGAGCAAAAUGCCAGAUCCAGCCUAUGUGUUGAAAGUCGUCGAUGAUCUGUCGAGAUAUGGAUCUCUAGGUCCUUCAGAUAAGCCAGCAGAGCGCAGCCAGCGCUGGACUGGCGCCUCCUCUCUCGCUGGCCGACCAGUCGAGGGUACUGUCAAGUCGCCUGCCAACGCCAAGAAGCGCGCUGCCCCCGACGACGACGACGACGAAAUCACCGCCGCUGAUGUGCCACGCCCUGACUCUGCUCGACCAGAUUCGAGCGUCGCCGACCAGCAGCAAACAGAUGGUGGCAGCGACACGGAAGACCAGAGGCCUGCGGUCAAGAAGCCCAAGCUGAUUCUCAAGGCAUCGCCUCCUAAGAAAACCAGCGCCGCAUCACAAACCAAGUCCUCAUCAUCAUCUCGUCAGAAGAAGAAGACGCCCGCGACCACCGGUAGCCCCGUCAAGCGCAGCGUCAAAGCAACCGGCAAGCAACGCCAGCGGACCACCACCAACGACGACACCGCCUCCGUCACAUCCACCUCAACCACCGCACCAUCCUCCACCACCGCCGCCAACACCCUCCUCGACCGCAUCGCCCGCGGCGAAAUCCUCCCCAAAUCCAAACCCCUCGCCACAGCCGCCUCCGCGCACCGCCACACCCUCCUCCUCGCCGCCCAUGCGCGCAAAACGCACCACCCCGACUUCCCCCCCGAAUUCUACGACCGCGCCAACUUCAGCAAAGACGACCUGGCCAAGCAGAACGUCGUGCGCUGCCUCUGCGGCGACACCAAGGACGACAAGAACCCUUUGCGCGACCGCGACUGGGUCGGCUGCGACAAUGAGAAGUGUGGCGUGUGGCAGCAUGUGGAUUGUAUUGGGGAGGCGGUGCCCAAGGAUUUGGAUAGGGAUGAUUAUCUUUGUCAUAUGUGUGAUCCGUUCAGGCAUCGGAGGCGGUUGCAGGAGGUUAGGAGGGAGGCGAAUGGGUUGAAUUGA